AGAAGAGGAUGGUUGGGGGUACGAACGAGUCGGAGAAGUGCCGGCUGUUGGAGGCCGAGACGGGGCACGAUGGGUGCCGGCCCUACUACGACCAGCUGCUCUGCUGGCCCCACGCGAGCCUCGGCUCCGUCGCACACCAGCCCUGUUUCAGCGAACUCCAGGGGAUACGCUACGACACGGGACAAAACGCAAGCCGCCUAUGUUUCUCGAACGGCACGUGGUCGUCGGCUGACUACACGAGAUGCACGGAAGUGAAGCUCAUAACGCCGGAGACCGAGUCCGGAGUCGUGAUGAUGACGUUCCUGUAUUUCAUCGGCUACAGCAUCUCCCUCCUGUUUCUCAUCAUCGGCGUCAGUAUAUACUUGUCCUACAGGGAACUGAAAUGCCUUCGAAACACGAUACACAAGAAUUUAAUGAUCACUUACAUUUUGGCGGACGCCCUGUGGAUCAUAAUGAGCGCGUAUCAGUUAUUCUUUCGCACGAACAAACUCCUGUGCGUAGCUUUCUACGUUUUGUACCACUACUUCCAGUUGACCAACUUUUUUUGGAUGUUCAUCGAAGGUUUGUAUCUGUACUUACUGGUAGUGAAGACCUUCUCCGGCGACAACAUCAAACUGAAGCUGUGCCUAUUCAUCGGCUGGGGUCUGCCGUUCGUAGUGACGGUCAUUUGGGGAACAGCCAAAGCCACUUGGGGUAGUCUGGAAACUCCGGGGACUCAGGAGGCAGCUUUAUCGCAGCACUGCCCGUGGAUGGUGCACCGUCCGAUUGAUUGGCUCUAUCAGGCACCGGCGCUCGUCGUCCUCAGCAUGAACGUCAUUUUUCUCACCAGGAUAAUGUGGGUGCUGAUAACGAAGCUGCGCUCGGCGAACAACGCGGAGACCCAGCAGUACCGCAAAGCGGCCAAGGCUCUGCUGGUGCUGAUACCCCUCCUCGGGGUCACGUACAUGUUGGUCGUGUAUGGCCCGCCGGAGGAACAAGUCGCCAACGCGUUCUCCUACGCCAGGGCCGUGUUGCUCUCGUCCCAGGGUCUGCUGGUGGUGUUGUUCUACUGUUUCCUGAACAGCGAGGUGCGAAACGCCGUGGGCCACCACUACUCGCGCUGGCGAACCGCCCGGAGCCUCGGCACCGGUCAGCACUACUACGCCCACUGGGCGCCCCGCUCCCGCACUGAGAGCAUAAGAUUAUACAGCAGACCAGCCGGCGGUAGCAACGGCAACGCCUGCACCAGCUCCGCCGUAGAGCCGGCCCUCGACGAAGCUCCCACGACCCCCACAGCCAAUAACAACCACGUGCUGCCGACGACAGACACCGUGGACGAGUCGAGUCGUUUGACCGGCGCCAACGCCAAUGGAUCGGUGCUCGAUGACGCGGUUCAAACGUUGCAGCGGAAUAGGGGUCCUGUUUGA